AUGGCUACGGGAGGUUGGAUCUUGUCUACAAAGCCAAUCUCUCGCUCCGUGGGGACAAGGAGCUACUGGAAGAGCUUCCGUCAUAUCCCGCAAUACCUCAACGUCACUAUUCCCUUCGACAAGCACGCCGUUGUGCCUACCGCGGGCACGGAUAGGAAGAACAAGUCAAGGGCCAUUGCGAUACGCAAGGGCAAUGACUACGAUGUCACUGUCGGACUUCCCGACUCAGACGUUAAGUACGUAGACGACGGUGAGGAUGUCGACAUUUUCGCCGACUAA